AGCCAUGCGGGUGGCGAGGUGGCUGGCGGGUCUGCUGUGCCCCCUCUCCCUGCUCGUCACCGAGUUGUGGGGAGUCCGCUUCCACCCGGGACAAGAGACCUUAGUGAAGCAGCUCUCCUCCUAUGAAAUCAUCACACCUGUCCGAGUGAAUGAAUUUGGAGAAGCUUUCCCUCACACGCAUCACUUCAGCAGGAGGAAAAGGAGCUUGGAGGCACCACUGGAGCCCACUGCUUUCCGAACACAUUACCAGCUCAGUGCAUACGGGCAGGUCUUCCAGCUCAAUCUGAGUGCUGAUGCAGGCUUCAUCGCUGCUCAGUACACUGUGGUGCACGUAGGGGCCCCGCAGAAGCAGUCCUCCUCUGAUUUGCGCCACUGUUUCUACCGUGGGCAUGUCAAUGCACAGGAGAUGCACAUGGCUGUCUUCAGCAUCUGUGGUGGCUUGAUGGGCACCUUUAAGGCACAUGAUGGUGAAUAUUUUUUAGAACCUCUGAUGAAAGCGGAUGGAGGUGAACAUGAAGAUGAGCAUAACAAACCACAUCUUAUAUACAGGCAUGAAGAAAUUAAAAAAAAGUAUCAGAAAUCCCAUAAACCUUGUGAAGUUUCAGAAAAAGAGUUGAAGAGCACUUUACUACAUCCAACCUUCAGCAGUUUAAAUGAAGAGAGCAAUGUUUUACAGAAGUCUCUCAGUUUAGAGUAUGCUUUAAAUAACCUAUCUAUAGAGGAUGGUGGCAAUCCACAUUCCAGGAAAAGACGUUUUCUUUCCUAUCCAAGAUAUGUAGAAGUGAUGGUUACAGCUGACACCAAAAUGGUUCGUCACCAUGGGCAGAACUUACAGCACUACAUACUAACAUUGAUGUCAAUAGUUGCAGCAAUCUAUAAAGAUUCAAGUAUUGGAAAUCUUAUAAAUAUAGUUAUUGUAAAAUUAAUUGUAAUUCACAAUGAACAGGAAGGACCAGCUAUCACUUUUAAUGCAGCUACCACUCUUCGUAAUUUUUGCUUAUGGCAGCAAGCACAAAACACUUUGGAUGAUGCUCACCCUUCUCAUCAUGAUACUGCUGUUCUUAUCACUAGGGAAGAUAUCUGCAGAGCUAGAGAGAAGUGUGAUACUCUUGGUUUAGCAGAGCUAGGUACAAUGUGUGACCCACUACGCAGCUGUUCUAUAAGCGAAGAAAAUGGAUUGAGUGCUGCUUUUACUAUAGCGCAUGAGCUUGGACAUGUAUUUAAUGUGCCUCAUGAUGACAGUUUUAAAUGUAAGGAAGCUGGAAUUAAAAAUCAGUACCAUGUGAUGGCUCCAACUUUGAAUUACCAUACAAGUCCAUGGACCUGGUCAAAAUGCAGCCAAAAAUAUAUCACUGAAUUUCUUGAUACUGGUUAUGGUGAAUGCCUCCUAGACAAACCUAGUGGAAGAAUAUAUGAUCUUUCCUCUCAGCUGCCUGGGUCAAUGUAUGAUGUCAACAAGCAGUGUGAACUUAUGUUUGGUCUUGGGUCACAAGUGUGCCCGUAUCUGAAACAGUGCAAACGCUUAUGGUGCACAAGCACAGAAGGUGUUCACAAGGGUUGUCGUACUCAGCACAUGCCUUUGGCCGAUGGAACAGUUUGUGGUGUGGGAAUGCACUGCCGCCAUGGAAUUUGUGUGAGCAGAGAAAUGGAGACGCGUCCUGUAGAUGGAGAAUGGGGACCAUGGGGACCUUAUAGCUCAUGUUCAAGAACUUGUGGAGGUGGAAUCAAGAGCACUAUCAGGCUGUGUAAUAGACCAGAACCAAGAAAUGGAGGAAAGUACUGUAUUGGCCGCAGGAUGAAAUUUCGAUCAUGUAAUACUGAUUCAUGUCCAAAAGGCAAAAAAGAUUUCCGGGAACAACAGUGCUCUGAAUUUGAUGGCAAACACUUUAAUAUCAACGGUCUUACGUCUACUGUUCGCUGGCUUCCAAAAUACAGUGGUAUUUCUAUGAAAGAUCGCUGUAAACUUUUUUGCCGAGUUUCUGGAACAACUUCCUACUAUCAGCUGAAGGACAGAGUUGCUGAUGGUACUCCCUGUGGAGCAGAAACCAAUGACCUUUGUGUUCAAGGCUUAUGCAGGCAAGCAGGCUGUGAUCACGUUUUGAAUUCCAAGGCAAGGAGAGACAAAUGUGGAAUCUGUGGUGGUGAUAAUUCUUCAUGUAAGACUCUUGCAGGUACUUUCAACAGUGCUCGUUAUGGUUACAAUGUUGUAGUAAAUAUCCCCAAAGGAGCAACAAACAUUGAUAUUCGGCAGCAUAGCUACUCAGGGAAACCAGAAGAUGACAACUACCUUGCUUUAUCUGAUAUUCAUGGAAAUUUUAUCUUGAAUGGAAAUUUUGUUGUAAGCAUGUCAAAAAGAGAAAUCAAUAUACAAGGAGCCAUUUUUGAGUACAGUGGUUCAAACAAUACGAUAGAACGAAUUAACAGCACUGAUAGAAUCGAAGAAGAGCUAACCUUACAGGUUUUGUGUGUAGGGAAUUUAUACAACCCUGAUGUGCGUUAUUCAUUCAAUAUCCCAAUAGAAGACAGAGGCGAUCUGUUUAUGUGGGACCCUUACGGACCCUGGCAAGACUGCAGCAGGAUGUGCCAAGGUAUUCGAAGAAGAAAAAUGACAUGCAUACGUAAAAGUGAUCAUGUGGUAGUGUCUGAUCAAAGAUGUGAACUUACACCCGCCAUACCAGAUGUCUUUGAGGAGUGUAAUACAGAGUGUGAAUUAAGGUGGCAUAAUGUUGGCAAAAGUGACUGCACAUCAAAGUGUGGCCCAGGGUAUCGGUCUAUAGAGAUCCACUGCAUGAAGUACUCUAUUUCAAAAGGACUCAGUGCUCCAGUGGAUGAUAAGUACUGUGCUCAUCAGCAGAAACCACCAACCAGAGAGCCCUGCCAUGGUGACUGUAUGUUAACAAGUUGGCACUACACAGAAUGGUCAGAGUGUUCCAGGAGCUGUGAAAGAGGUGUCAGAACCAGAGAAGCUUUUUGUAUGAACAGUUUGGGUCGUCAUCUUCCUGACAGAGAAUGCCAAGAACUUCCAAGAGUUAUAACACAGAGUUGCAAUGAAUUCUUAUGUCCAAGCUGGUCUGUUAGUGAGUGGAGUGAGUGUUCUGUGACAUGUGGCAAAGGAAUGAAACAUCGUCCAGUAUGGUGCCAACUUACUGAUGAACAACUGAGAGAUGAUUUCUGUAAUCCAAAGGAUAGACCAGAAUCAGUAACACCAUGUGAACUUCAUGAAUGUGCAUCUUGGCAAGUAGGGCCUUGGGGAUCAUGUGCUGUAACGUGUGGACGUGGAUACCAGAUGCGUGCAGUCAAGUGUGUUACUGGGACUUACAGAGUCAUUUUGGAUGAUGACAGGGAAUGUAAUGCUGCUACUCGUCCUAGAGAUAAACAAGAAUGUGAAUUGCCCUCUUGUCCAGAAAAUAUGAAAUUAUGGACUACAUCGCUUCCUCUAGUUCAUGUGGGGAAGGUGACCCAAUGGAGAUAUGGAUCAUGGACCCCAUGCUCUGCAUCCUGUGGGAAGGGUGAUCGUGCUCGCUAUGUGAGUUGUAGAGAUGCUCAUGGAGGAAUAGCAGAUGAAUCUUUCUGUGCUCAUUUACCACGACCAGCUGAAAUUUCAAGCUGCUUUAGCCCAUGUGGAGAGUGGCAAGUUGGAAAUUGGUCCCCUUGCACAGUUACGUGUGAUAGUGGAAUAGUAACAAGACAAGUUAUCUGUGUCAACUAUCAUCAACAAAUCAACGAGAAUUACUGUGAUCCUCAAGGCCAACCUUCCAAAGAACAAGAAUGUAACAUGCCACCAUGUCCACCAGUUUAUCAUCAUAUUCCGAAAAUACAUGACCGACCAAGCCAUUUUCCAGAAAUAGGUUACCUUCCAAUACACCAUCCACAAGACAAUAUAAACCAGUGGAACCGUCCCUCUGUGGGAGGAUAUCAAUGGAGAACUGGACCGUGGGGAGCAUGCUCUAGUACUUGUGCAGGUGGAUUUCACCGUCGAGUUGUAGUAUGUCAAGAUGAGGAAGGAAGAAGUGCUAGUUAUUGUGAUGAGGCAACAAAACCUCCAGAGUCAAGACACUGUGAUUCUGGACCCUGCCCACGAUGGAACUAUGGGAAUUGGGGAGAAUGUACUCAAACUUGUGGAGAUGGAAUAAAGACAAGACUGGUAAUUUGUCAGCUUCCUACUGGCCAAAUGUUGGGUGAUCAAAACUGUGAAAUUCUAGACAAGCCACCUAAUAUGGCACAAUGUAAUGUGCAUUCUUGCCCUGGUGAUGUUUCAUGGCAUCGGGGACCAUGGAAAUCGUGUUCUGUUUCCUGUGGAAAAGGUUUGAAGUUUCGUGAUGUGCAUUGUUUUAAUAGCUUCCAAGCUAAAAUAGAGGAAGGAAACUGCAGACAUUUAAAAAAACCACGGAUGCACAAAAUAUGUAGAGCUGGAAGAUGCCCUGCUUGGAAGGCCAGCAGAUGGAAAGAGUGUUCUGUAUCCUGUGGAGUGGGGAUUCAGCAAAGGGACAUCUACUGUCAGCUGAAGGGCCUGGGUCAAGUGAGUGAAGCAAUGUGCAAUCGUGACACCCGGCCCGCUAGCAAGAGGCAUUGCUGGCUGCCUGCCUGCGUGCAGUACCAGUGGUUGGCAGAUGAAUGGGAAGAUUGCUCAGCAUCAUAUAGAAAAAAGGAAAUAUACCGGAAGGUUAAGUGUGUGGAUGAAAACCAGCUCCAAGUGGAUGAAAGCUUCUGUGAUCCUGCCACAAAGCCUCCAUCAACCAAAAACUGCAGGAUAGCUCCCUCUAAAUAUGUUGUUCUUACGGGAGAACUGUCACAGUGCUCAGCCAGCUGUGGCUUUGGUUACCAGCAGAGGAUCACGUACUGUGUUGGAAUCCAUUCUGUUCAAAAUCAGCAUGCCCAUGGCCUUCGAACUGUAGCGUACCGAGAAUGCCCGGUAGAGCCAUCCCCACACAUUUAUAAAUGUAAUAUCAAAGGAUGUUCGCAAGCAGCUACCUGGAGAGUGGGGAAGUGGACCAAAUGCUCAGUGUCUUGUGGAGUGGGUGUAAAGGAGAGAACCGUAGAAUGUAUGACUGAAAAUGGCUUAUCCAGUGACUCGUGCCUGCCACGUUUAAAACCAGAUGCCAGAAAGAUCUGCCAUGAGGAAGAAUGUGAAAUUCUUACCACCUGCAAAGAUAUCCAGAUUAAAAAAGGGAUUAGAAAGGAUGGUGAAUACCUACUUAACGUUAAGGGAAGGAUGAUAAAGAUUUAUUGCUCAGGCAUGCACUUAGAGAAUCCCAAAGAAUAUUUGACAUUGGUAAAAGGUGAAGCAGACAACUUUUCUGAAGUGUAUGGAUUCAGGCUGCAGAAUCCGUACGAAUGUCCUUUCAAUGGAAGCAGAAGGCAAGACUGUGUCUGUCGAAAUGAUUACCUUGCAGCUGGCUUCACGGUUUUUAGCAAAAUAAGAUUUGAUGUAGCUUCCAUGCAGAUUAAAACCACAGAUUUUCUUUUUGCUCAGACUAUACUUGGGAGAGCAGUUCCGUUUGCUACAGCUGGAGAUUGCUACAGUGCUGCCAGAUGUCCACAGGGACAGUUCAGCAUUAAUUUGGCUGGUACAGGUCUGACAGUAUGUACAGUUAGGUGGAUUGCUCAGGGCAACUAUGCAACUGCUGACAUACACAAAUCCCACGAUGGUACUAAAAUAUAUGGAAGAUGUGGAGGAUUUUGUGGAAAAUGUAUCCCUAACACGAUUGUUGGUCUCCAGCUUCAAAUACAGUGAGAACUCUGAUGUGGUAGGAGCAUCAAAGCAGGGACAUCUGCCAUUUAGGUGCAAAUUGUAG